UCUCCCCUCGUGCACGCGCCUCCUGCAGCAGCAGAGCAAACAUUCACAUACUGAACACAUUGAAUGUCAAGAUGUCUCAGAAGAAAGCAGUUCUACUCAACUUCUGGGGGGUCACCGUCUCCUGCACACCUCGUGAGGUCUUUCAGAAGCUGGAGGAGUCUCACAAGCUGCCAAGUGGUUUCCUGUCCGGCGUGGCGUCCCUGAAGGAUGGCGCCAUGAGCCGGGCGGAGCGAGGUCAGCUGACACUCUCUCAGAUGAUCCCGGCCUUCGAGGCGGAGUGUGUGAAGGAGGCCAAGGUCAAGGGUGUGACUCUGCCGUCUGAUUGGUCAGCGAGACCUCUGCUGGAGGAGCUCAGAGAGGCCAUGAUGGAGGUCCAACCGGCCGUACUGAAGACAGCUGCCAGUCUGCGUCAAAGCGGGUUACUGACAGCCGUCCUGGCCAAUCACUGGCUCGAUGACGGCGUUGACGGAGGCGGUCCGGCCCGCCUUCUCUCUCUGCUUGGCGCCCACUUUGACCUUGUCCUCCAGUCCUGUCGUACAGGUCACAAGGUCCCAGAACCCGCCAUGUUCAGCUCUGCUCUGCAGCACCUGGGAGUGACAUCACAACAGGCUCUGUGGUUGGAUGAGGAUGAGGAGGGGGUGAAGGCCGCAAAGGGAGUCGGGAUGGACACCAUCUUGGUGAAAAACCUGGACGACGCUCUGAACAAACUGGUCAACUUCACUGGAGUUCAGGCGGUUGGAGCAGACGGUCCUCCUCCACCCUGCAGACCUGAUGACGUGGCUCAUGGAUACGUCACCAUCAGGCCUGGUGUGAGGACUCACUAUGUGGAGAUGGGUUCAGGUCCUCCAGUUGUUCUGUGUCACGGCUUCCCUGAGAGCUGGUUCUCCUGGAGGUACCAGAUCCCAGCCUUGGCAGCAGCAGGGUUCAGGGUGUUGGCUCUGGACAUGAAGGGAUACGGAGACUCCACAGCGCCUCCAGACAUCGAAGAAUAUUCUCAGGAGCAGCUUUGCAAGGAUUUAAUCACAUUUCUGGACAAAAUGGCGAUACCUCAGGUCACCCUGGUGGGUCACGACUGGGGCGGCGCCGUGGUGUGGACCAUGGCUCAGUGCUUCCCUGAGAGAGUCAGGGCUGUAGCAUCUCUGAACACCCCUCUGUUCCCCGUGGACCCGUCAGUGAAUCCUGAAGAGAAACUCAAGGCUAUUCCCAUCUUUGAUUACCAGAUCUACUUCCAGAAACCAGGCGUAGCGGAGGCCGAGCUGGAGAAAGACCUGGAGAGAACGUUCAAGAUUUUCUUUUUCAGCAGUGAUGAAGUGGUGAAGCGUCCGGCUCUCAGCACUGCAGGAGUCUGUGAUCGAGGUGGUCUGUUGGUGGGUCAGCAGAUCCCCCGCAGCUGCAUGCUGACGGAGGCCGACCUGCAGUUCUACGUCAGCCAGUACAAAGAGAGAGGCUUCAGGAGGCCGUUGAACUGGUAUCGUAACAGCGAGGCCAACUGGAGGUGGAUGUGCUCUCGUCCUACUGGAAAGCUGCUGAUGCCGGCUCUGAUGGUGACGGCCGGUAAAGACCAGGUUCUGCUGCCGGCCUUCUCCAAGGGGAUGGAGGACCAGAUCCCGAACCUGAGCAGAGGACACGUGGAGGACUGUGGACACUGGACUCAGAUGGAGAGGCCGGCGGAGACGAACCGCAUCCUGAUCUCAUGGCUCAAAGAAACGCUGAAGAGGGCUGGAGGCGUUACCAUGGCACCCAAGCUGUGAGGGGGGGCAGAGUCAGAGAAAACCAUGACAUUAAAGAUUUAUGAAAUUAAUAAUAGUCCAUCAGAAGAAGAAAAAAUCAUUCUACAUGUUGUAUUUUUCUGUUUAAAACGAUUAAUUUGAAUUCAUAAUGGACAUAUUUCAUCGUUUUCUAAUGUUUCUAUUCAAUAAAACAAUAAUCAAUAAGUCAGAUAUCUUAUUUCAGGGUUACUUAUAAUAAAAAUGACAGUUUGCUCUUAA